UCUAUAAAUAAAUAUUGACCCGCGCUUUCGGUUGUAUUUUCAGAAAAUACACACUUAACCUAAAUCAGGUUAACUCGAUUAAGUAAAGUGUGUGACUUACAUGCUUUGUUGUUUUAUUAAAACUAAAGCACAAUUGCGAUCUUUACGUAAUCGCUGGAAAUUUGGAGUAUACUUUUUAUUGAGAGAUAGUGUUAAUGUUUCGUUGAUUGAUCAAGCAUACAGUUAAUUUAGUUUGCCUUUAUUUUUACAGUAAUUGUUCGGCUUUUUUGGUUCAUUUGUGUAAAUUACUUGUAUUAUAUACGAAUAUUAAACGCCUAUUGAUACUAUGAUCUACCUAACGACGAUUCUUUUAUUUGUGGAUAUACUAUCGGCACAAAUCAAACUAAACUAUGAUCCACCCGAAUUUGUCGACCACCCGAGAUGGCCGGAAAGCAGUUACUACAUUCAAGAUGGACCAUCAAUCACAUUGCAAUGUGACAUCAGAGCCUAUACUGACACAAAAUUGUUGUGGUAUAAAGACGCCAAUAUCAUAAAACCGAUGUCCAAUGUCUAUGGAUUUGGUACGUUUAAUUCAACCAUGACCAUUCUUCUUCCGAAGCACGAACAGUCGGGCAAGUACGCAUGCGUCGCUACCAACAGGGCGGGAAAUAUCAGCUACAGCGGAUUCAUAUUUAUCAAAGAACAAGCGGAUGAGGCCCGACCACGGAUCAUCAGCACGUUUCCCGAAGGAUCGAAAAUCUUCGCCGCCAUAGAUCAAUCAAUAAACAUCAGUUGUACCUUCGAUGUUGGAGGAUCUGAUAUUGCCUUGAUGGACUUGACCCUCGAGUGGCGACGAAGAGGCCUUACGUUGAACGAUACAAACCACACAUCCUGGCAGCUGGCGAUGGCGCCUACCAAUGACCAGACAUUAUUACUACUUUUCGACAGUAUAUUGGAAGAUGACUACGGGGAAUACAGUUGCUAUGGUGAAAAUGUACAUGGGAACGACACAAGAAGCAUAUUUCUGCUUCCUCCGUUGAAGAGAAAUUCAAUAGUUCGUGUACAAGACGUAAUCGUGGGAUCAGCGUUAGGAGCUACCUUUGUCAUACUAGCCUUAGUUGCACUCUUUGUACGACGACAUAGGCUUCAACAGAAGAAAUAUGAAAGACUGACUUGGCCGGAACUUGACAGCCAAUACGAAGUACCAGAACGGACGAUCGAAUACGACGUGUUUAUAUCCUACAGCAGCGAUGACCUUUCCUGGGUCAAGGACGUUCUUCUUUGUCGCCUUGAGAACGCUGGCUAUCGGGUGUGCAUCGACUACAAAGACUUUACGCCCGGUUUACCAAUAGCUGAUAACAUCCUGGACUCCAUAUACCGCAGUAGGAAGACCUUGGUUCUGUUGUCGCGGAACUUCCUGCGCUCCAUGUGGGGACAGUUUGAACUGCAGCAGGCUCUUCAUCGAGCAGUCAGUCAGAGGCAAGAAGUGUUGAUAGUCAUCAAAUACGACAGCAGUAGAGUACCGAUGAAGCUUAUGGGUAAAACGUUUCUGGAUUGGACUGAUACCUCUGUGCAGCCGCACUUUUGGGCCCGGCUUAACGUCGCUAUUGGAUCUCCCGGCGUUUACGGAACCGACUUAGGUGUUGAAAAAUCUGAACAGGGGCCUCCGUUUGAAAGUAUUUGUGACCUUGAUCAAUCUAGUAAAAAUACAUACAUUGUUUCGAAUCAAACGACUCAUUGACUUUUAAAAGUGAAUGUAAAUGAUUGUGAAUUGGUUAGAGCGUGCAUAUACAUAAUGACGUCAUGUGAUUGUGACGUCAUUUCCUUUUACUUUAUUACAACUGUUUUACUCCUGAUGAAGGUCUUUGACCGAAACGUUGAGUAAAUUGAUAGUGAAAA